GGAAUGACGGUAGACGGAAACCUCUCUGUGAAGUAGCAGUUUUUUUUUUAGAUAGACUGCAAAUAAAUAUUUUCUUCUGAGUCUCUCUCUUCUCUUCUUCUUGAAUUGAGUCUCUCCUAAAAAAAAGAAAAUUCGAUUUUUAACAUUCAAAAAAUUUGGAGGGGUCAAGCGGGAAAACCAAAAAUCCUUCAAAUAAUUUCGUGUGGAGCGAGCGGGAGAAAGAGACACACACAAAUCCUCUCUAGUUCUUUCGUCAGUAGUAAUAAUAAUUGAUGGGGAGAACCAAGCAUAACGCUACCAGGUCCCAACCUCGUAAUCCAACUGAUGCUGCUUCACUUUCUCAGGCGGCUGGUCCCAGUGCGACACCGCCAACAGGAGGAAGAGAUGGUGAAGAAGAUGCUGCUCAACCAAAAAGGGGCUAAGAGAACCAAAUAUGGUAGUAGGCCACAAGGCUCACAAAAAAAGAAGGCUUACCGUUUCAAGCCAGGAACCGUUGCUCUGAGAGAGAUUCGCCAUUAUCAGAAGAGCACUAGCCUUCUUAUUCCUGCUGCUGGUUUUGUCAGACAAGUGAGAAGUAUUACCGAUGCGGUGGCCCCUCCUCGUAUCUCUCGUUGGACAGCUGAAGCUCUUGUGGCUCUUCAAGAGGCCGCAGAAGAUUACUUGAUUGGUUUGUUCUCAGAUUCAAUGCUCUGUGCUAUCCAUGCAAGACGUGUUACUCUAAUGAGAAGAGACUUUGAGCUUGCACGCCGGAUUGGAGGAAAAGGCAGACCCUGGUGAUAGAAACCCACUAGCACUACUCGCAUCUCUAUCAUUGUUAGUGAGGAUCGAAUAGUUAACAACAAUGGUGUCGUAGGUUAUAAGAUUAUUCACUACUUAUGUGCUUGUCCUUUAUUCAACUUGAUGGUCUGGCCAAAAAAAAACUUCUUUUGAAACAUAACUGGAAAUCUGAGUUUGGUUCGAUUCAAUAUCUAUCUAGGUUUUAAAACUUGUUUCUCUAUGUGUGUUUCUUGUUUGC